ACAACAUGAAACACCAGACUGCUUUACAAACACACACAUGCACACACGAGGUCUGGAAAUAACUCUCAUCUCUUUCUCCGCGCGUAUUUUCAGUUAUUUUUUGUGCACAGCAUCCUGACGCCUCAAGGUUUCUCCAUCUUUUUGCAAACAUUUCGGUAUCGAUUUAAAGCGCACGUUGCGUUUUUUCCCACUGAUAUUAAACAGUUUGAUGGACACUUUAGAGAGGAUUUUACACUUUUUUAAGCCUAAGUGUGGUUGUACCGCAAAAUAGGCUAAGAUAAGAAGCCGACAGUAUUUCUUGUUUAAAAAGCCGCAAGCCCGUGAAAGGAUGCUCAGCGUUACGCGGACUCGCUGCUGUUGGAUGUUGCUGGUAAUCGCAGCGGUGCGGAUGGGAGACGGCACCGAGGCGCAGGGGAACGCCAUCAAAUCACUGGAGCCGCUGACCGCGAACCGCACCAUCGAGAUCCCGAGGAAAGACAACGUGCGCGCUCAGGGUUACCCAUGCAGUAGUGAUCAAGAAUGCAUGGUGGGAAGUUACUGCCACAGCCCGCAUCACGCCCCGUCUCGCUGCCUCACCUGCCGCAGAAGGAAGAAGCGUUGCCACAGAGACAAUAUGUGUUGCCCUGGCAACCACUGCAGUAACUAUAUCUGUAUCCCGGUUUCCGAGAGCGUCCUGUCCUCACAUAAAUCGCCUUUGGAUGAGCACAACAAAUUUUCUAUCAAAGACAAAAGCUGGAGGAGAAAUGGAAAAGCUCAAGCCAAGAUUUCUCUUAAAGGUCACGAGGGCGACCCUUGUCUGCGAUCUUCCGACUGCUCCGAGGGCCACUGUUGCGCUCGUCACUUCUGGACGAAAAUCUGCAAGCCGGUGCUACGUCAAGGCGAAGUGUGCACGAAACAACGCAAGAAGGGUUCGCACGGCCUGGAGAUCUUCCAACGCUGCGACUGUGCAAAGGGUCUCGCCUGCAAGGUGUGGAAGGACGCCACUUCCUUCUCCAGAUCCAGGCUGCACGUCUGCCAGAGGAUCUGAGACAGGAGGUCCCUGCUAACAAGCCGCACCUUGGGGCCCCGCACACCGCUGGGCACGGAGCGGGCGGUGGCUCCUUUUUUCCAGGACUGACUCGACUGUGAUAAAGAGUGAACGCAGAUGGACGUGUGCCAGUACGGGGUCAGUUAAGGAUUGGUACGAACUGACGAAUACUUACGUGGACAAUAUUAUUUGAUGCACGUGUCACUGUAGCGAGGUAAAUUGAUGUACAAGCCAUAUUUAUCACUGAUCACUUCGGUACAAGCUCUGAUUCAUUUAAGAUGUCUCUCAAAUUUUGAGAGUUGGCGCAUCAAAGUUGGAUUUCAUUCAUUGAUUUCAUUCUUUGCCAUGACUUUACUCAUUCAAUUUUAAAGAUAUCAAGGUUAUAUUUCACAGACUUGUCUUUACAAUAUAUAAAGGAUAAUUUUAUUUAGAAAACAGUAAAUCACAAUUGGUAUAAAUCUUCUGGAUCCAGCUCAGUUUUGGCACAUUUAGUGGUUGAAACAGAUUGCGGAGGAAUAUGACAACAUGUCAACAUUGGAGUGCAUUCACCCUGCCGUCUUUUUUUAUUGAAGUUCCUUUAUUUGUCUCAAAAAAGGCUUUUAUUUUUAGUAACACAUGGUAGUUUUUACAUUUAAAAUAUAACCACUACUUGUUACGGGGAAAAAAAUGGAAAUUGCAAAUUGUAUGGAGUUUUUAUUAUCCCAGACAUGUGCAAUUGGAGAAGGAAGCAAAAUGGUUGGCUUUUAAAUUUAGUGGUGAAAUUGUUAUUGGCCAUCAAGAUAGGAUUAACCAAAUACAUAUUUCUAGAUUCAACAAGGGACGCGUUAAGAGGAACACUUCAUGUAAUGGGUUUUACAGCCAGUAUAUAAAGUUAUCUUUGUACUAGCUGCGUGUUGCCAGGGGAAAUAAUGGUGUACUGUUAUGUGCUAGUUAAAGUGGACGAACGGAAAACUUUCACUUUUAGUUAAUUUACAUGGUUUUUUUCUUAAAAAGCCAGACAUCUGCCCUUCUAUAAGUGCACUUUGUAUAAAAAAUAGAAUCGUAUGUGAAUGUAGCACCCGAACGGAAGAACGAUUUUUUUACGCUUUUUACGUUAGUUCCAUACGAAUACUUCUCCUAAGAAAUAUGAUUAUUAGUUCAGAUUUAGUCUAUAAUCUUAGUAGAGUUUAUUUUAUACCAAGAUGAUUUGGUUAUCAAGGGCAGUUGUUUACAAUACGAGUGGUGAAUGAAUGUUUCGCAAAUGUGUUUUUACAAGUCAGAGGCCGUGCUUUUGUUCUUUAAAUUAAUAUUUCUCUGCAUUUUAGCUCAAAUGAAAUGGAAUACAAAUGCUUAUAAGCUCUUAUAUUGUAAAUAACAUGCAAAUAUUUCAAAGUGUAUUUAAAAAGCAGUUGUAUAUCAUGUAUAUAUUGGUAAGAAAGGAUCCAUAAAGACAUUAAACUUUUUUUACAUUAACUUUGUCAUAGCAGUGCGAGGUCAUCGACCUCUAUGGUUUUACUCUGCAAAUAUAUAAACAAAAAAUCUUUUAACAUUAAAUUAUUUUCAGAUCACACUUCUUCCAGAGCUCACGUUGUAUUUGUUCAAAUGUCUGUUUUUUUUAUUGGGUAGCUCAUGACUUCUAUGUUGUAACUGUGUCGUUCUGAUUUUGUCUCAUUGUGUAUUUACAGUGAUUUACACAGAUUAAAGAAUGUAUUUUGUAUUACAAAG